AUGGGUCCGCUCUCGAAACUCGCCCUCGGGGCGACUCCUUCCUCGACCCGUCGCUGUCUUCGCCUCUCCAGUCUCCGCCCUCUCACAUCUGCUGCCUUUUCUUUCGCGCCUGCCUCCUCGUCGUCUCUCCGAGCGCAUGCGUCGGUGCGUCGGACUUCGCGGGCUUCCGCGUUUUCUCCUUCUCCGUUCGGCGUACCUUCAGGUCGAUUCGGUUCCCUCGCCGGUUCGGAACUGAAAGAAACGCAGCCUGAUUCAUUCAAAAGCGACCGGGAAAAAGGCGCUUUCACAGCCAUCCGCUUCAUCGCCACGUCUCUCCAUGCACACCAGCCUUCGCCUCGCGCAACGGGACCCCGACAGGCUCCAGACCAACAUUCGCAUCGCUCGUCUUUCCUCACGUCUUCGUCUGCUUCCUUCUCUUCCUCUGCAGCUUCGUCGCCUUCUCAGGCAUCCGAGGCGGCUGCAGUGGGGAGAGAAGACGUGCAGAAGGAGGGGCCGAUUGUGGCGGCGCGCCCAGUCUACUUGGACAACCAGGCGACGACUGUGCAGGAUCCUCGAGUCACAGACGCCAUGCUUCCUUUCCUCUUCGAUAAAUUCGGAAAUCCACAUUCCAGCUCCCACGCCAUCGGCUGGGAGGCAGAUGCCGCUGUCGAAAAAGCCAGAGUGCAGGUUGCGCAGCUUCUGGGUUUGGACGCGUCCCGUGCGCGCGAGAUCAUCUUCACGUCUGGAGCGACGGAGAGCAACAACUUGGCGCUGAAAGGGGCCGUGCACUACUACUGUCGGCAACACCCUGUGACUUUUCGCAAGGGCGAUAAAGGCAAGGAAAGGCGCGAGGCUCGCGUGCGGAACCACAUCAUCACUACGCAGCUGGAACACAAAUGCGCUCUGCAGUGUUGCCGCAUGCUCCAUCUCGAGUUCCGCGACUCUCAGCAGACGCGGGGCUGCGACGUGACGUUCUUGCCAGUGAAAGCCGACGGCUUGAUCGACUUGGCGGAGCUGGAGAGCGCCAUCCGCCCAGAGACGCUGCUCGUCUCAGUCAUGUUUGUGAACAACGAGAUCGGUGUCGUCCAGAACCUGGAGAAGAUCGGCGAAAUCUGCAGGAAACACGACGUUCUGUUCCACACAGAUGCCGCCCAGGGCGCAGGAAAGCUUCCAAUCGACGUGGACAAAAUGGGCAUCGACAUGCUUUCUCUCUCCGGACACAAGAUCUACGGCCCCAAGGGGAUUGGCGCGCUUUUUGUGCGAGCGAAAAACCCCAGAGUCCGCCUGCAACCCAUCAUCGACGGAGGCGGCCAAGAGCGCGGCCUGCGCAGCGGCACGCUGGCAACGCCGCUGUGCGUGGGUCUGGGAGCUGCGUGCGAAUUGGCAAGCAGCGAGAUGGAGAACGACCGUCGACACGUGACGCGCCUUGCCCAGCUUCUUCUGGAUUCUGUGCGCGAGAAAGUGCCCGAUAUUGAAGUGAACGGCAGCUUGACCAGCCGGUAUCCGGGGAACCUGAACAUUUCCUUCACCUUCGUGGAGGGCGAGUCCGUCCUCAUGAGCAUUCGCGACGUCGCCAUCUCUUCGGGGAGUGCAUGCACCAGCGCCUCUCUGGAGCCUUCGUACGUGCUGCGCGCUCUCGGCGUCGGCGAGGAGGUCGCCCACACGUCUCUUCGCUUCGGCAUUGGAAGGUUUACGCGAGAGGAGGAUGUGAGGCGGUGCGUCGACCGCCUUGUCGCUCAGAUCCACCGACUUCGCGAACUGUCUCCUCUCUACGAAAUGGAGAUGGCAAAGAGGAAGGCUCUCGCCUCAGGCAUCUGCCCCAACGACGAAACAGAUGGAGCCCCGCUCAUUUGGACCUGA